ACGACUGUGGGAAGUCAAGGCGAGCGUUUAUCUAUCGAGUAUUGGAGUUCGACGCGUUAUCGAACCGUUUCUUUAUUAAACCUUGUGUAAUACAAUCCGUUCUGCCACGUUCCAUUUGGGUUUUGUGAUAACAGUCACGUUGAGGCGAUGGCGAACCUUGGUGUGCAAGAGGGGCAGAAGGUGAUGCUGGUCUGGUCCCUGCCCUGCCAGCCAGAAGCACUGAAGGAGCUCGCAGAGAGCCUGGGAGCUGCAGUGGGGAGCACAGGCCAGGUUUCUGUGGAGAACAUGGAGAGACUACAUCUCUCCUCUCACAAGCCGUCCAGCUUCGACUGGGUUCUGUCGGGGCUGAUUGCCGGCAGCUGCGUGGUCCACAGCUUGGACGCGCUAGCAGAGAUGGCCAAAGUGACCAAGCCCGGCGGAAAAGUGCUCCUGGAGGAGCCAGUCACAGGCAGUGAGGACAGCAAGGUGAGGACGCCGCAGAAGCUGACGUCGGCCCUGAAGCUGUCCGGUCUGGUGUCCGUGACGGAGGUGAGCUCGGGACCCCUGAGCCCGGAGGAGCUGGAGUCGCUGCGGGAGGCGACGGGGUACCAGGGGAACUCCCUCUGCAGGGUGCGCAUGUCCGGGUCCAAGCCCAGCUACGAGGUGGGCUCCUCCACCCAGCUGAAGAUCUCCUUCGCCAAGAAGACCCCCAAACCAGUGGAGAAACCGGCUCUGGACCCCGGCGCCGCCUCCCUGUGGACCCUGUCAGCCAAUGACAUCGAGGACGAGGAAGUGGACCUGAUAGACUCGGACGCCCUCCUGGACGCCGACGACCUCGUGAAGCCCAAGCCCGAAUCGCUCAAAGCAAAGUGCGGAGACAGCGCCGGCAAAAAGAAGAAAGCCUGCAAGAACUGCACGUGUGGCCUUGCUGAGGAGCUGGAUGAGAAAAAUGCGUCUAAGAAGAGCAGUCAGCCCAAAUCCGCCUGUGGAAGUUGUUACCUGGGCGACGCCUUCCGCUGUGCCAGCUGCCCGUACCUGGGGAUGCCCGCCUUCAAACCCGGAGAGAAGAUCUACGUUCCCAGCACGCAGCUCACCGAUUCCUAAGAGCCACCCCCCCCACUCUCCCCCCUCCCCUCUCCCCUGGAUCAGCACCACAUUCCACCCCCCCUCCCUCUCCCCCUCCCCUGGCCUUCAUUUAUCUCCUUACAACCCACCCGCCCACCCCCGCGC